AAGCAUUGUGCAGAGAUUGUCCAAAUGAUGAGCCACUUUUGUUGGGAUUUCCACAAUCACCUUGUCUCGAGGACUGUCCCUUCGUUUGCAGUUCGUGGUGCUUCUACCAUACCUCUCUUUAUACUUGAUUCCUUGUACAAGUUUAUUGUGUGUUGAAUAAUCCAAUGGUUCAUUUUGGCAAGGGUAGUAAACUGGUAUCAGAGUCCAAUAUUCCAGAACAAAAGGUGUUUGAUAACCAACCCUUCCCCUUGGUUCUCUCUCCAGGAACUGAAGCCUUGAAUAUUUCGGAAUGGGUCACUUGGAUACAUAAUAACGCAACUAAUAUUGAAAAAUUGUUAAACCAAUAUGGAGCUAUCCUAUUUAGAGAAUUUCCAGUUGAAAAUCCAGAACAGUUUGACAACAUGGUGGGAGCCUUUGGAUACGAGGAUUUUCCCUAUAUCGGAGGUGCAGCUCCACGUAAACAAGUUACUGCUCGAGUAUUUACUUCCAAUGAGGCUCCACCUUCGGAGCUGAUUCCUUUUCAUCACGAGAUGGCUCAAUCUUCAAAGUAUCCCAAGAAGUUGUUCUUUUAUUGUGACGUUGAACCACCUUGUGGAGGAGAGACACCUAUUUUGCUAUCCUAUCUAGUCUAUCAAGAAAUGAUGAAAAGAUGUCCUAACUUUGUUGCAGCAUUAGAACAAAAAGGUAUCAAGUAUACUAGAAUCAUGCCAGAAGAAGAUGACCCAUCUACUCCUAUUGGAAGAGGAUGGCGGUCUACUUAUGCUGUAAAGAGUCGUGAAGAGUUGGAACAGCGUUGUCAUCAACUUGGUUCGGAACUGGAAUGGCUUCAAGAUGGCUGUUUGAAAGUUACUACAAUAUUACCUGCCGUUCAACAUAACUCUCCUAUGGGAAAGCCAACAUGGUUCAACUCCAUGAUUGCUGCUUAUGAAGGCUGGAAAGACAAAAGAAAUGACCCAAAGAAAGCUGUUACAUUUGGAGAUGGAACUCCGUUGCCUUCAGAAGACUUGCAGAUUUGUUCCAAAGUGAUGCAUGAUAUUUGUGUUUCGUUUCGUUGGAAAAAAGGAGAUGUACUGAUGAUCAACAAUGAGUUGGUGAUGCAUGCGAGGAACUCGUUUGUUCCCCCUAGAAGAAUCUUAGCUUGUCUAGUGGCAUAGUUUAGCUAGCAUUAUUUUUCCUUUUUAAGAAGAGAUAAAUGUUAAAAGAAUAGUCGACGUUGUGUUUUUCAUUGUUCGAGGAGAGGGAGAUUCUUUCUGUU